GCCCCGCCUCCUUUCCAGGGAGGAAUUGCAGGCAUGCGCAUUGGGUGCCCCAACGCCGCCACCCAUCAGCUGAAAAUUGUAGCUCGGGGUCUGGGGCCCCUGGGUGCCCGCGGCCAAAGAAGAAGGAAGCCGAGGAGGUCAGGGUGACUGCUUAGAAAAUUGACAGUCCAGCAACAGCUGAUGAAAUUAGUGACUAAGCAAAUCAGCCAUGUCUUACACUCCAGGAGUUGGUGGUGACCCCGCCCAGGUGGCACAGCGAAUCUCUUCCAACAUCCAGAAGAUCACACAAUGUUCUGUGGAAAUACAGAGGACUCUGAAUCAACUUGGAACACCUCAGGAUUCACCUGAAUUAAGACAACAGCUGCAGCAGAAGCAGCAGUACACCAACCAGCUUGCCAAAGAAACAGAUAAGUACAUUAAAGAGUUUGGAUCUCUGCCCACCACCCCCAGUGAACAGCGUCAAAGGAAAAUACAGAAGGACCGCUUAGUGGCUGAAUUCACAACAUCACUGACAAACUUUCAGAAAGUGCAGAGGCAGGCAGCUGAGAAAGAGAAAGAAUUUGUUGCUCGAGUAAGAGCCAGUUCCAGAGUAUCUGGUGGUUUUCCUGAGGAGAGCACAAAAGAAAGAAAUCUCGUAUCCUGGGAAAGCCAAACUCAACCUCAAGUGCAGGUGCAGGAUGAGGAAAUUACAGAGGAUGACCUCCGCCUUAUUCAGGAGAGAGAGUCUUCCAUUAGGCAACUUGAAGCUGAUAUUAUGGAUAUUAAUGAAAUAUUUAAAGAUUUGGGAAUGAUGAUUCAUGAGCAAGGAGAUGUAAUAGACAGCAUAGAAGCCAACGUGGAAAAUGCAGAGGUGCACGUUCAGCAAGCAAACCAGCAGCUGUCAAGGGCGGCCGAUCAUCAGGGUUGAACCAGUCUUGAGAGCCACAGAGAGAGGAAUUUCAGUGUUCAGAGUCUUGGGGGAAGCGUCACACAACUCCAGUCUUCUCUGACAGCUGCUGGUCUCCCAUGUCGUUUUGACAUUCCACCCGGAAGCCUCUUGACAGCAGUUUCCCUCUGUUUCUUGUCGUUCCCUUCUACCUUUCUUUUUUGUCAGUGAUACUCAGGACCAAAGAGGCAAUGAUCUUUGUUCUAGAAAGAUCUCUUCAGGUCCUAUAGAAAUUUUAUUAGCUUGGACUGUUCUGUCAGCAUUCAGCAGACCCUUCACUGGGAAUGAACUGAUUUCUUAAGUGAAUCAUGUUAAUACAGGGAAUCCAUGUAUAUGAGUCAAAUAUAAAGAUGUAUAAAGCACUACAAAUAUUAGGACCAUAAACUAUUAAUGCAUCAUUUAAUAUGUAAACCUUUGUUGUUUAACAAAGAUAAGGGCAGCCUUUUAGGGAACCCUUAAAUAUGACCCUAGCAUUAGAGUUCCCUUUUAAAACUUAAUUUUUUUGCUGUUGUUAAUAAUUAUUUUCUCAGAUCCUUGUUACCUUCUUAUAAAAUACCUAAGAUAUUAUCACUAUCCUAGGUAUUUUCAAUUACUGUUCACUUGUCUCACUAACUGUAGAAAUGGCCUUUAGUUUCAGUGCCACUUUUUCACUGGACAAAUCAGUGCAUAUUCAGUGAUAUAUUAAGAACGGUGAAGCCGUACAGAGAAUGCUGAGUUACAGCCAUCGUACUCACUGACAGAGUAUCUCAUGUUUGCCAUCUUUGUGUGUGAGAUUCAGAUACGCAGCUCAGCAGACUUAAUGUCACCAUGUCAUAGACUGUAGGUAGCACUCAUGAGAGUUGAAUACACACGCACACAUGCACGCACACACGCACACACACACACACGUCUCUAAAUGCCAGCAGUUACAGCUGCCCAGACAUAGUGUUAGCAGGAUUCAUCAGUGACUGGGCAUCUAUGUAACUUCGUUUUGCUUUUGGAUUUUAGAGGGAUGUAGAUACAUCCCCAAGUUUUACUUUUCCUCUUCCUUGUGGAAGGGAAAGCCUACAGCCAUGCUGGGGAAAAGGAACACAUCUUCCCAAGCGGGACCUCCAGAGCUAGAGCUGCCCCCAUCCUUAAUCCCACAGGCCCUGGAGGGAUGAGGAAAGAGCCGUGCAACCCAGUUGCUGGGAAGAGAACAGCUUCCCAAAAGUCCCACUUGGUGGCCUUGAUUAACUUACACCUCUGCAAACUACAUGCCUCUGAAUAGUUUGGGUGAACCGUGAUCACAAAGGAAGGUAGUAAAUGCUUUUAUCACCAUGGCAUCCCAGGGCCUCACUUUCCCCCACUGGGGAGGGCGCCGCAGGCAAAAAAGAUAAGCUGUCAUUGUUAAUGAAGGCACUUGACACGUACAUGUGCAGUAACUAGUUGGGAAAAUAACGUGGGCGUGAAGAGAUUGAAAUAGGAGAGGAAUUGUGUUUAAUAUGUGCGGAGUGUGCAUUUGAAACCUUAGAUGACUGUGGAGUAUUGAAAAGUAUGAAUAGUUUUCAGGAUGAUUUCAGAGUCAAAAGCAUGGUUUUUUUUUGUAAGUUUUAUGCUCCUUCUAGUUGUCACUAAGUAAAUUUACAAAU